UCAUCGAUAGGGUAAUCGAUGUUUUGACAGUCGUACCAACGCCGAAAGUGACAGCCAAAAAAAGAGAGCCAGCUGUGGAGAUUUGCAAAAAUUUAGGAACUUUUGAAUUUGUAGAGGAGCUGCUAGUUAAAUACAGACAAAAUGUUGAUCAAAGUGAAGACCCUGACCGGAAAGGAAAUCGAGAUCGACAUUGAGCCCACAGACAAGGUAGAUCGCAUAAAGGAGCGCGUGGAGGAAAAGGAGGGCAUUCCACCCCAGCAACAGCGUCUUAUUUUCUCCGGCAAACAAAUGAAUGACGACAAAACCGCGGCGGACUACAAAGUGCAAGGUGGAUCUGUUCUUCACUUGGUUCUGGCUCUGCGAGGAGGUUAUUCCAUUCUGAUACCUUGUAUGUAACUAGCGUGUUCAUAAGCAGAAAACAUUCAUUUAAAAUUCACUCAAAUAUAUUAAGCUUGAGAAGCGUCAUAUGGAGAAUUAAUAUAUGUAACCUAAAAAAGCA